UUAGGGACGGAGUGGGGAAAGAUAAAAAAAAUUGUGUGGUUUUUUUUUUAUUACACCAGAACUGGAAGGGUGGAUAACGAGGUUGGAGAUGAUUAAAGAUGGAUAUUGAAUACAAGCCGGCUACAUUAGAGAAGUGACAUCACCAAUAAACAGUUAAACAUUGAUGUCUUAGUGGUUAAUGUGCACACAGUCCGCAGGAAUACAGUCCUUCUACGAGCAGAACCCAUCAUCUCCCAAGUAUCCAAGUAACUAGUAUCAAUAAUUAAUUCCAACCUCCCUUCAUCCUUUUCUCGCCACUGAUAACACCGGCAUAGAGCUACAGCCCAACGCCAUCAUGGAGUCCACCAACCACACCAACAACACCACAAACCCCGAGCUCAGCAACGGGGGUUCGAAACCCGACGCCAACAACCACACGAUGAACAAGGAGAUCAAACUCGACGACUCCCAGUGGCUGGAGCACACCACCAUCAGCACCCGGGAUGACGUCAUCAGCUUCUGGAAGCUGUUCCUGGACAACUGGCAGUACGUGGUCACCUACUGCUCCGUGUUCGGAAGCUUCGGCGUCUGUGUUGGAUUUCUCGGCCCCACCGUCUUCGACCUGGGGUGCCAGACGCACUCCGACCUGAAGAAGAUGAACUGGGUGUUCUUUGUUCAGCUCAUCAUGACCCUAGUGGGGUCAAUCUGUGCCGGCUGUAUGGCAGACAAGUGA